CUGAAAGGACUUUGAUGAGUUUGGUCGAAUCGCAAUAUCUUCCUUUUUGUUUUUCUUUUUUAUUAGUUGAUUGUGUACAAUAUCUGUAAUAACAUCUUAAAAUGUGUUAAUACAUUAUUUAUUUGGUAUUACAAUACAUGUCUCACGAUAUCCGUCAUCAUGAGUUAUCAAGAUGAGCCCAGUGGUUACGAUGUGGGAUCAUUUCCCAAGGAUUUUAGCUACGGGCCCUUCGAACAGAAUGGUGAAGGAGACAACACGUCAUUACAGGAGGAUCAUAAGCCACGGAUUUUACUCAUGGGUUUAAGAAGGUCAGGGAAAUCAUCAAUUCAGAAAGUAGUUUUUCACAAGAUGUCCCCAAAUGAAACACUGUUUUUGGAAUCCACAAACAAAAUAGUGAAAGAUGACAUAAAUAACAGCAGCUUUGUUCAGUUUCAAAUUUGGGACUUCCCGGGUCAAAUUGAUUUUUUUGAUCCCACUUUUGAUUCUGACACUAUUUUUGGUGGGUGUGGGGCUCUCGUGUUUGUUAUUGAUGCACAGGAUGAUUAUGGAGAUGCUUUAAAUAAGUUGCAGCUUACAGUCACUAAAGCAUACAGAGUCAAUAGUAACAUUAAGUUUGAAGUGUUUAUCCACAAAGUUGACGGUCUUAAUGACGAUUACAAAAUGGAAUCUCAAAGAGACAUCCACCAGCGAGCGACAGAUGACCUGGCAGAGGCGGGGCUAGAACAUGUACAUUUGUCAUUCCACUUGACCUCCAUCUAUGACCAUUCCAUCUUUGAAGCGUUCAGCAAAGUAGUCCAAAAGUUAAUACCGCAGCUACCAACAUUAGAAAAUUUACUCAACAUACUCAUCUCUAACUCAGGAAUAGAAAAGGCGUUUUUAUUUGACGUGGUGUCUAAAAUUUACAUAGCAACCGACAGCUCUCCUGUGGACAUGCAGAGCUAUGAAUUGUGCUGUGAUAUGAUUGACGUUGUCAUUGACAUCUCCUGUAUAUACGGGAUGGUAGAUGAGACAGAAGUAAACACUUUCAACAGUCAAAGCUCAAGUUUAAUAAAACUCAAUAAUGGUACAGUGCUUUACUUAAGAGAAGUCAACAAAUUUCUUGCCCUCGUCUGUAUUCUUCGUGAAGAGAACUUCCAAAAACAAGGUGUAAUAGACUACAACUUCCUGUGCUUCCGCGACGCUAUAACGCAAGUGUUCGAACUGCGCAACAAAUGUCAGGCGCAGUCGAGCGCGCGCGCCGCCUCCACGACGCCCGAGCCCAUCCCCAACGGCGCCGUUGACUCCACCGAGAGCACCUCUGACCUCCCACAGAGCCCAUAACAAUAUACUUUCGUUAGCUUUAAUUAGGCUAGUUUCCUAGUAGUCAAAUCAGCUUCUUUUUAUGGCCUGUCAAAACGAUUUUCUAAUAUGAAAUUACUAUGAAAUACUGAGGAGUGACGUCACGGUCAAUUCAUUUACUUUAUAUCUUUC